UAUAUUUCCACACUAGGAGGUUGGAAUAAUACUGUGUAAUUGUAAAAAUUAUCAUAAUGCCUUUUUAGUGUAAACGCUGUUUGAAAAUAUGGCCUGAAAUCUCAAACUGUUUUGAUGUGAUGGAGUUUUGGCCUGCCUGGUGACAUCACCAGGCGUUACAUUUGUUAAUUAAUAGACCAAUAAGAAAGAGAGUUCCAAACCUCUCUGCCAAUAACAGUUAGUUUUCAGUUUUCCCCUCAGACCACUCACAGACAGUCCUAUCAAAAUUCUUGCUUGAGAAAUUUAUCUUUGCUAAGAAGCUAUUUCUGUUUCUUUUUGACAAUUUUUAUAGAAAUAUGUUCACAGUAAGAUACUUAAUUGUUACCCAGAAAUGAUUUGAUAUUGAGGUAAAAACAGCUGCAUUGGACCUUUAAGCUUUGUUGAGACACAAAUGACUUCAUUUUGUUGAGUAACAAAUAAAGGAGCAUUUGUAUCCCACUGGGCAAAAACUGGUUGAAUCAACUUUGUUUCCACAUCAUUUCAACCCUAAAAACCUUUGAUGUCGUUGAAUAAAUGUGGAAAACUAAUCGUCAUCAACGUAAGAGCAUUUCUUUUUUUUCUCACCCAACUUUGAACCUAAAUCUAACGAUAUGGUGAUACAUUUAUUUAAUUUCAUGUUGAACUCAUGUUAGUUGACAACUCAACCAAAUCAUAAAUCAAAACUAGACAUUGGAACUGACGUCUGUGCCCAGUGGGAUUUGAACAGUGACAACUACACAGAAAGCAUUUACUAACAUUUACAUACACAUACACAUGCUGUGAUAUAUGUUGAUUAUUGUCUACAAUAUGACAAGUGAUGAAGUAGAAAAACAUAAAACCUUAAAAAAAAUGUUUAAAAGGAAUGAAAAAAAAAUAUCACUCACUUGACUCAGACAUUUCAGGGCAUUUAUUGAUAGUAGAAAAUAAUGAAGGUCAAUGCUACACCGUAAAUAUAUUACCUAUAGGGGUAUAUACUAUAGAGAAAACAAGAAUAGGUCAUGUAAUGGAGACUGUUUAAUGUUGACAUUUCAGCACAAUAAUAUGGAUUAAAUAGAGUUAUACAAUGAUAACAUCCACAAUAUGAAAACCGAUGAUGAGGGGUUUUACUGUAACUACUUGUUUUACAGUAAAUCACACAAGAAGACAUUCUGUGUGGACAGAUGGAAUGAAGCAGUAGGCAUCUUGAGGAGAGAGAACUUGUAAUGUACAAUUCACUUUGCGUAAAGUAGUUACCCAUUAGGGAAAAGCUUAUUUUUUUAAAUAUAUUUUUUUAAUCUUAUUGUGACAAUGACAUACGUCCCAUUUUGGGCCUGGUCUUUAUUCGGCACCAGAGUGGAGCCACCAUAGAGAGCUAUUCUAUUUGUAUUCUGUAAGAGAUGAUAUAUAAUUUAAUUAUGUGGGAGCCAUUUCCCCUUUCCAAGAAUUCUCCAUAAUACCCAUGAACCCCUUCUCCACAGAACGGUAUAUCAGAAAAUUACGUGGGGCGACAGACAGUGAAUACAUCCUACAGUAAAUGGCAUCCUAAUCCCUACAUAGUGAACAACUUUUGACCAAAGCUCUAUAGGCCCUGGUUCAAAGUAGUGCACUAUUAGGGAAAUAGGGUGCCAUUCAGGGCGACAAACAGUAAAAAUGAUAAAUUAUGUCAUUUGGGAUUUGCUAUUGAUUAUAUUUUCUGGUAGUAAUUAAAUAUCAGUUUUGACAUAUAUGCGCUUGCACCCCCCCACCUAACAAUAUGCAUGAACACUUUGGCACUAACUCACAAGGCGAACACACACACACACACACACACACACACACACACACACACACACACACACACACACUCAAACCCCUUUCACCGCCCCAGACUUAUAAGCUAUGCAUCCCAAAUGGCCCCUUGAUUGACAAUUGUGUCUCUUACUCUGAAACUUACUUGAGAAGACAGGGGGUAGAGUCGAGACAAGGAGCGAGACAGUAGCUUCCUCAAUCAUUGAUUCCGUUUUCAGAGAAGAGAUGUCAAACCCAGACAAAGUUUACCCCUGAAUGUUUCAUGCCAACUCUCUGUGGCAGGGAGGCAAGAGGUUUUCCAUGUACUGUGUGACUCACAUCAUUCUCCCUCCCACCCUCCAAGCCGCUGUAGCGUGUGUGCUCCUACAUGUGGACACACACGUGAUAUAGGACACAGCACCAGAAAAAAAACACACACACCGCCAUUCAUCAGUUAAUGCAACAGAGGUCAGGAGUUGCCACUUUCAUUGAGAGGGCCUGCCACUGCCAGAACACUAACACUGGCAGACUUGAUAUAACACUUGUUAUAACGUGUCAUGACACCCUUGUAAUGACACUGUAAUAACGCAUGGAACAGAAUAUUACUUUCACCAAAUUAGAAUUCACAUAAAGUCACUGUAUUUCAUGUGAUUCACGUGUGUGUGUAUAUGUCUGUAAUUUAGUCCUGUUGUGUUGUCGCUGCCUUAUAUCAAUAUGUGCUUUAUUUCUACCAGUAUAUGUGCAUUGUGCGCCGAGAUUCGUGUAGGGUAAUGUUGCAUAAACUCUUUAGCCAUCACGUGUCCAUAGACACUUCGAACUAAUGUGAGACCCAAUUAAAUAGGGAUGUACUUGAAUGCUGCAGUGUAUAAAACAAUAUAAUAUAAAACUGAUGUUUGCGAAAUGGACUCAUAAACCAAUGGAAUUUGAACGGUAUAGUCUGAAUACCAUUGGGCCAAGUUGUCCCUGUAGCACCAGAUGAUAUAACAUUCUUCACUGCUCCAUUUCAUACUGAAGAAAGACUCUUGUCCCAUGAAAAAAAAAUGUGGCACCGACGUGCUUCUCAAAUCCGUGGACAGUUUGGGGUUGACCGCGUGUAGGGACCACAGCACGCCGUUAUUUUGGAGAUCCGCGCUCUCCGUCUCUCUCUUACGCAUACACGUACACUCUCUCUCUUACAUGCACGUGUACAGACACACACACUCUCUCCCUUACUCCGCUGCCCCUCCUGCCUCUCGCUCUCUCCGUGCCCCUCUCAUUUAUUCUGUGCCCCGGAGAAUUCCUCAUCCAAACCUCAAUCACGUAUGAUUGCGUAGAGUGAGAGAGAUCGAAAGGUGAGCCCAUUCACGCUUGCCUGGUCGGCGAUAGCACACGCCACACAUCCAUACGGAACGCAUUGGAAAUACUCCUUUAGGCUACACCAAUGGUUUGUGGGCAAUAAGAAACUACGGACAAUAAUAACAACAAAACGCAUAUUUGUUUUCUCUCAUCGUAAAAGCCCAAAUCACCAUGUUGCUGCUGCAUUCUCGCAGACCAUUGUCUUUCCCCGAGAGUGCUCGCGGUGUCUGCUACUGGUAGAGGUGCUGGUGCGCUGGCACAAAUGCCCGUAGUCCUCGAGAGCGAGUGGGGCAGCCAAACAGACAGUCACCUAGCUCUCGUCGCCUCUCGAUUCGGCGUUGUAUUUGGCUUAAUACGUUGAAAAGUUACGAGGCGUUGCAUAAACGCAGCUGUUGAUGAAAUUGUUUACAGUGGAGUUUAAGGUGUCUCGAAUGCAUUACGGUGUUGGAUAUUUUGCCACUUACCGAUUUUCCGUGCACAUGAGGAUUGCACAGAGUCGAUCUUGUCAGACUUGGCGCCAUUCAACUGGAAUACCUGAGACUCAAUUGUGUGCACGCACGCACGUUCCGACAACGCACAAACUUAUUUACAAACUGUUGUGACUUUUUUUGAAUAGCCUACAUUUUGUAGCCAUGCUUUUAUCCGCGCGUAAAUUUGCGGCAUAUGUUUUAUGAGUCAAUGGCAUUUGACGCUUUCCCUGCAAGGAAUUUGUGACUGUAGGCUGGUAUCGUUCCCCAUGAUGCAGUAUGGAUGCCCGAUGAUGCGCGGGACUUGGUGGAUUUUCUAAAGGGGAUCGGAAUGACAUUUGAGUAAACCCCCGUGGACCGUAAAUUCGAUUUUCUCCACCCGGUUCCUUUUGCACCAAACAGCCGCACACAACUCGACAUCUGUCCAACGAUUCUGGGCUCGGUUUCGGUUCGGCUCGCCCGCGAGGGAGAUGGCCGCAAUCGCCAGCUCCUUGAUCCGACAGAAACGCCAGGCGAGGGAGUCAAACAGUGACCGGGUCUCCACUACUAAACGGCGCCCCAGCCCCAGCAAAGACCCACGUUCCAUAUGCGAGCGGCAUUUCUUGGGGGUCUUCAGCAAAGUCCGUUUCUGCAGUGGCAAGAAAAGACCAGCCGCUCGGCGGCGACCAGAUGCACCCUCCAAACCUCCACAGGUGUCCCGUAAGGGCGGCAGGCUAGAGCCGCAGCUGAAAGGCAUCGUGACACGAUUGUUCAGCCAGCAGGGCUUCUACCUGCAGAUGCAGCCGGACGGCUCUAUCGAUGGCAGCAAGGACGAGAACAGCGACUACACACUGUUUAAUCUAAUUCCUGUGGGUCUGAGGGUGGUGGCCAUCCAAGGGGUGAAGGCCGGCCUCUACAUUGGAAUGAACGGAGAAGGAUUCCUCUACAGCUCAGAAAUGUUCACGCCGGAGUGCAAGUUUAAGGAGUCGGUGUUUGAGAAUUACUACGUGAUCUACUCGUCCACUGUGUACCGGCAGCAGGAGUCCGGUCGGGCCUGGUUUCUAGGCCUUACCAAGGAAGGCCAGGUCAUGAAGGGGAACAGGGUCAAGAAAACCAAGCCCUCCUCACACUUUGUCCCCAGGCCCAUUGAAGUGUGUAUGUACAGGGAGCCGUCGCUGCAUGAGAUCGAGGAGAAACAGCGCUCCAGGAAGAGCUCAGGGACUCCCACCAUGAACGGAGGGAAAGCUGUCAACCAGAACUCCUAGCAGCAGGGCCCCAAGGGUGGGGGGCCCGGGUCCCCCCUCUCUUAAAUAGAGGGGAGAGAGGCUACAGACCCCCUCACCAACAUGCCCUCUGAAGGGAUGGGCCGCCACGAGGGGGAGGAGCUACACCCAAGAUGACAAAAAACUGAACUCUCGCCUGUGAAAAUCUUUUAGACGAAUAUCAAGAUAAACCCAGAGGAAAACAAAAAAAAACAACGACAAACAUUUUCAAUCAGGAGUUGACCUACGUUUUAUGCAAAAAAAAAAGAAAAAAAAAGCUGUGACAAAGGAAUGGUGGUCUCUUCACAAUACAAAUAUCUAUCGUUUCCAAUUUAAGCUGUGAAAAAUUAGCUUUAAAGACAUGUUUCAUUUCCCAUGCAUUGAUUUUAUGAAUGCUAUGGCACCCUCACAUGCUUAAUUGUGUUACUGUUGUCCAAUAAUAACAAUAUUACUUAUGUGUUGAUAACUCUUCAUCCCAAUUUAGUAUCAUGGGUGUUCUGUUUUUCGUUUGAGACUGUAGACAUGAAAAAUUGUUGGUAUUUUUUUAUUGCUUGACAUUGAUUGCACUUUCACACUGCAUACACUGGUGUGAGGGUAAAGAACAAAUAUAUAUGAGAAGUCGCUGGUGGGCUCGGUAGGAACAGGAAUGGUUGAGUGGGAUGGCUUUUGCUCAGGUGAUGUACUGUCGGUGUGGAAUAUCUCCUAUGUCCACAUACUCUUUGAUAUGACAGGACAAGACAACUGAAAUCAAUAUGGCGGCUACUCCACCAAGCCUCAUAGUAGUCCUCUAGCAUAUUAUGGUGCGUUCGAGUGCGGAUGGAAAUGUGGAAAUACAAGUUCCCGACCCAGAAAUAAUGAUUGAACGACCCUCAAAGUUCCAAGUGGGAAACGCGGUCCAGAAUGAAGAUACUGAAGUUUACGAGGUGUGACCUUUCACCUUUUCGACCACUAGACGAUAAAAGAAAGCCAUUUACAACCGUAACCAUCUGAUUCAUGUAGCUCGGUGGAUCCAUACAGUAUAUAGUUUUACAUAUUGUCAACAUAAGCAAUGUUAGCUAGAUUAGCCAUCUAGCAAGAAUGUCAUUGGUUGAAGAGUUAUUCUGACUUCAAAAGCACUUGAAAGCACUCAUGUUGUAUAUACAACUUCACCAACUGGGAAAUAUUCGAUUCCGAGGACCGUUUGAAUGCACCAUUACUCUCAAUGAUCCAGUCCUGUGAACUUAAUGGUCAAGAGGGAAAGGAUAGCCUUGUAAUAUUAUUAAUACUCUGGCAAAGUGGGUAUAGCCAGGAGGAAAAAAAGAUUGAUAGAGCUUCUGGUUGUUUUUGUUUGGUGUGCCAGUACUAAUAAGGGCAUUUCUUUCUAAUAAGGUCUGGGUUUGCCAAUCCUGGGGGGAAAUGCAAUAUUCUCUCCAGUAAAGGAAACUUGGCUAGCAUCCACCAAUCAAGGAUUCUUUCAUGAACAGGUCUACUUCACCUCUUUAUGAGCUUUGACAAGACUUUCUUCGAAGUGCGUCAGAGAAUGCUUUUAGUCGGUACAAAUAAAUCAUGAAAAUGUCCUUGGGAAGGCAUGUUGUUGUGGCUUGUGUAAGGGCUCAGCGGACUCAGGCUGCUUGGGGCUAAGGUGAUUGUGAAAGCUAUCCAAGUCCCAAUACUCUUAAGAAGCUUCCUCUCCUUGUGUCUUUAUCUUUGUUAUCAGUACACUGAGCAGACUAGAAAUGUCACAAUAAUCGGUUGAUGGGGUGUAGCGCAUUCAUUUUAUGUAAUUAGUCUCUUUAUAUCUGUGGCCAAUGAGGGAAAAGAAACAAAGGAAUUGUUUUAAGAUACUUUUCGACAAAGCCCCUGUGAGCUCCUCCUCUUCCAUCAAUACCCUUUCUCCUACGACACUGUAAUCAAUAAUAACCUAGCACAAUGCAAUGGGAAGGAGCCCAGUCAUCCAAAACCAACAAAAACAAAAUGUGGAUGCCGGAAGGUUCUUUUGCCCUGAGAGUCUGUAAAUAUUUCACUUUUUUGUACUUACAGGCCGGCAUCCCAAUGGCUUCCAUCUCAGUAGGUUUUGUGAGCCAUGAAAUGAGCCGAUUGCUGCAUUGUGGAAAUGAGCCCCCGCCAUUUCAUAAAUCAAAUGUAGGAGAGUGGCUGUAUAUAUGAAGAGUAAAAAGGCUGGUUAAACCAGCAGGGAAGGCUGGGAGGAAUCACCCCCAUCACCAAGAUGGAGAAGUCACCAUGUCCACUGAUCCUAUUGUUCGCCUAACUCAGGAAGUCCCACUCCAGUCUAAUGAACGGAGUCUGACAACAAGGCGGGCCACCCUUGCCCAGCACCUAAUGCACAAAGCCUGGCCAAAGGUGUGGUCUUGGGGGGGUUGGGUCAGGGGUGUUGGUGGCAGAGUGGGGGGUCUGGAAGUCUUGGGAUCUGGCCAGGGCAUGAGAUAGGGGAUGUCAGGGUGUCAUGUCAGACACUUCCUCAUUUAACUGCGGCAGGUCAUGGCAGAAGACCAGCACAAGUCUUCCACUGGGAUCAGGAGAGAGCUGGGCUCAGUUCUGCAGUAGUUGCUCCAGUUUAAAUUGCCCAAAGGCACAGAUCUAGUAAUCGGCUUACUCUUCCUCAGUUCUAACCUUAAACAUUAGGGGAUAGGGACGCAAAACUGACCUUGGAUCAGCAUCAACUUCAUUCUACUCGGAAGGAUGUACUUUACAUAACCUGCUGGCAGAGAAAAGAAGGGAAGAUAGAAAUGAGAGGUUAAGAAUAGGGAGUGAGAGUAAAAUAGGGGAUAUGCGAGUGAACUAAGAGAGCACUUUUGGGGGACAAAAUGAAAAUGCCAGAGUGACAGCGCAGGGGCUCAAUACUAUGUGAAGAGAUAUUAUAUUCAUGUUUAAGUUUGCAAAUGAUUUCACCAUAAAUGGAACACAGGCAUAUAUGCAUUAUGAAUUGUGAGAUGAAAAAAAAAAAUGCAUUGAUAUUUAAAAAUCAGAAUGAAGUUAGUGAUUGUUUAAGAAUAAAAAAUACAUUAUCAAAAGCUUUCACUAAUUUAUUGUACCACUGUGUUCUUGUUGAUAGCCUUGUGCACUGUAUUCUUCCCUCUGGUGACAAUAUCCCCAAAAAUACUUUCAUGUAGAGUAUAACUUCUUCUACCCUCUCUCCCAGAUUUCGUGUAGUAUCCUUUAUGUACGAGAGAGCGCCCAGUAUCAAAUCAGUGAAGGUGAUUUAUCAUAUCAUUUAGGCUCGAGUCCAAUGUGUCAUUUUGGGAUUGCGCUCCUGCGCCCCUGAAUUCCACUGUUGUCAUGGAAACAGACUUUCCCUACCGUCUGCAAGGAGAAUGAGGAGGAUGAAGGCCCCAUAUGACUUUCAGGGCUGUCUUCUCAGCCUGAUGACUGCUGCACAGAGAACGGUUUCUUUUUUGGGGGGGGGGGUUUGAGUUUUCUCUUUUUAUAUUUGGAUUUUCUCCCUUGUUUUAGGUUAGCACCUGAAAGAAAUGUGGCACUUCAACAAUGGAUGAGUGUACACCCACACACUCUCAGAGAGAGAGGGGAAGAUAGACUCAAUUAUCGCUCUAAUCUCUCUUGCUCCCAUGUACACAGGCACACAAUUCACUCACACACAUGGACACCUCUCACAAAAGGCCUGCACCCUUCUCUCUCUCUCAAUUCAAUUCAAGGGGCUUUAUUGGCAUGAGAAACAUGUUUAUAUUGCCAAAGCAAGUGAAAUGGAUCAACAAAAGUGAAAUAAACAAUAAAGUGAACAGUAAA